GUUCCGUGUGGUGGCGAGCCAUCUCUUUUUGCAUCCUUUCUUGGGACGAUUGCAAAGAACAACACCUUGACUCCACUGUCGAUAGAGCAUUGGAAAAGAAGAGAGUUCAAACCAUUUCACCGGCAAAUACUGAAAUCACCAAGGGUGCCACUAGUGCUCCUACUCCAUCAAUGGGAUCUCGAGCUUCGUGAUCAAAUGUUGUAUGAAGCAUUUUGGAAAUGGUCGAUGGUAAAGAACACCAUGUAAAGAACACAAUUUUGGAU